UUCUCCCUCUGCCUGUGUCUCUGCCUCUCUGUGUGUGUGUGUGUGUGACUAUCAUAAAUAAAUAAAAAUUAAAAAAAAAAAAGUCAGAAGAAGUACAGAGAGUAUUCUGUGAAAAGUAAAUUUCCCUUCUCUUGUUUGCACUUAACCUAGUUCCCUCCCUAGUAGCCAGCCCUGGGCAUCAGGUUUUCUUUGCUAUAAUAAUGUGGUGUACAAACAGAUAUGAAAUUCUGGUGGCCUGUGGCAGUAAACAUUUAAUUAGUACAUGAAUCUGUGGGUUCACCUGAUCCAGGCAGGGCUGGCUUGUGUACCUGCAGUGAGCUGUGGGUCCGCCAAGUAGUUCUGCAGACCUCAUCCUGGCUUACGCACAUGUCUGGGGGUUGGCUGGCUGUCAGCUGAACCAGGUGGGUCCAUCUGUCCUGUUGGGAUGGCGGGUCCGGUCCCACAGGCCUCUUUCAUCUGGAAGCCAGCAGAUCCUCCUUGCAGUUGUGGGGGGAAAGGGCAAGCCAGCUAGCUGAGUCACACAAGUACUUCCCAAGCCUUUGUCUGGGUGACAUUUGCUGGUGUACCACUGGGCAAGUCUAGUCAUAUGUUUGAGGACAGAAUCACAGUGGGAGGCCACUGCAAUACGUGGCUAUGGGGAAGAGUGAAGACUCGAGACAAGUGAUGUAUUCUGCCAUAUGCUUUUUUCCAGGUUCUAGACUAUAUUAGUAAAACCCUAUAUACGUUUUUAUGAACAUAAAUGAUAGCAUGAUAUUCAUUGUUCCUAUACUUCACUUUUUCCCCCACUACUUUUUAAUUUCCAUGAAUAUAUAAUGUUUCAUCAUCAGGUGUAUCCUCUUAAAAAGAAUAUCUCAGGAAAUCUUAAAUGAGGCUCCCCUUCAUCCCAGGCUGGAGUGAACCUUCCAAAUUAACCCCAGAAUGGCUUCAACAGAGGGACAGGAUGGACUUACUAUUGUGAAGGUGGAGGAAGACCCUAUCUGGGACCAGGAAACCUACCUUCGAGAGAACAGCUUUUCUAGCCAGGAGGUCUCCUGCCAACUUUUUAGGCACUUCUGUUACCAGGAGACCCCUGGGCCCCGAGAGGCCCUCACCCAGCUCCGGGAGCUGUGCCGACGCUGGCUGCGCCCGGAAACCCACAGCAAGGAGCAGAUCCUGGAGCUGCUGGUGCUGGAGCAGUUCCUGAUCAUCCUGCCUGAGGAGCUCCAGGCCUGGGUGCGGGAGCAGCACCCCGAGAGUGGGGAGCAGGCCGUGGCUGUGGUUGAAGAUCUGGAGAGGGAGCUUAGUGAGCCUGAGAACCAGGCCCCAGAUGAUGAACAUGGCCGUUCUGGAGCGCUCUCAGAGGAUGUGGUGUGUUUGAAGGCCAAGCAGGAAUCGAUAGCCAUCCAGCUUCAGUCUGUGGUGACUCAGUUCAAAGGUGAAUCUUUAGAUCCCCACAGAUUUGGAGAACAAGGUGGUGAAACUGUACCGGAAAGCCAGGAGUCAGGAUUGAAGGAAGAAGUCUUGAAAGAAAUGGAACAUUUUGGAAAUGGCAGACUCCAAAGAGAUGCUCCUCUAGAUUCUAAGUACGGAGAAAUUUGUAAGCAGGAGAGCAGAGUAGAAGAGUGGAGGGGACAGGCCACUGGAGAGAGACGACACAGGUGCAGUGAGUGUGGGAAAGGCUUUACUCAGAGUUCGGUCCUCAUUCAGCACCAGAGAACCCACACGGGGGAGAAGCCAUAUGAGUGUGAGGAGUGUGGGAAAGCCUUCAGCCAGAGAUCAGGCCUGAUGGAACACCAGCGGAGCCACACCGGAGAGAAGCCCUAUCAGUGUAAGGAGUGCGGGAAGGCCUUCAGUGCCAGCAAUGGUCUCAUUAGACACAGGAGAAUCCACACGGGGGAGAAGCCCUAUGAGUGUGAGGCAUGUGGGAAAGCCUUCCGCCUGAGCUCAUACCUCGUUCAGCAUCAGAGGAUACACACUGGGGAGAAACGCUACCGGUGUCACGAGUGUGGGAAGGCCUUCAGUCAGAACGCAGGGCUUUUCCAGCACCUGCGCAUCCACACAGGGGAGAAGCCCUAUCCGUGUAGCCAGUGCGGGAAGCGCUUUAGCAGGCGAACACUCCUCAUCAAGCACCUGAGAAGCCACACUGGGGAGAGGCCGUACGAGUGUGAGGAGUGUGGGAAGGCCUUCAGUCACCACUGCAACCUUAUGAGGCAUUUUAGAAUCCAUACUGUUGCCAAAUUAGACUCAUUCCACGAACUCCCAGACCCUUAAAUCGGGCCAUCUUGGAUAGUAAGAUUUUCAAGUGGCUUAUUUUGUUUUUACCAAGUGUAUUCUGCUCUGGAAUGCAUAGCUUUGUCUGCAGACUGGGUGCUGGUGUCUUCUGGGUGAAUGGCUGUGGGCACAGGUUACCGGGCAGCGUCUUCCUUCUCUGUCCCUUGGUUCAAUUCUGAUCAUUUCCCUAAAAAGAGACCAAAAGUUACCUGGAAAUAAGUUGAUAUGGAGGGCUGUUCUUGAGUAACACUGAAUACCAAGCAACUCAAAAAGACUAGCAUCUGUGUAUACUUUUUUUUUUUUUUAAGUUUUUAUUCAUGAGAGAUGGGGCGGGGGGGGG